AGGCUGAAAUAAAUCAGAUAAAAUAAAUCCAGCAGAUAAAACAUUGGUACAGUAUUCAGAUGGGGCUGAAGUCCAGUGCUGAUAGUGCCCCAAUGAACUCUGGGAUACAAGUUGACUGUUUGGAUCUUUCUUAUUAAAUUCAAUAGUACGCCAGUAUCAGUCUGACGCUCACGGCUUGGAUGUGAACGAUCAAUCAUGCUGAUGUUUUGGAUUUUUAUGUUUCUGUUGGCAUGUGUUCAGACCGAACCAUUACCUGCCAAAAACAUCCAUCUGCUCGCCCCAGAGGAGCACAAAUUCAUCCUUAACCUCGGACAAAAAGAGAUUCCCACAGACUGUCACGAGCUGUGGCAGGCAUCAGGUGGGCGCGCACGAGACGGCGUGUAUCUCAUUAAACCCGCGGAUGCGCCCAUCGCCGUCUACUGCGCCAUGCACGAGGGCGGCUGGACGGUCGUUCAGCACAUCACGGUCAACAGCACCGUGGACUUCGACCGCACCUGGGACGAAUACAAGCGCGGAUUCGGAUCCCUCACCGGCAACCACUGGCUGGGCAACGACUACCUGCACGAGCUCACGGGCGGACACGUGCGAUACAAGCUCGCCGUCAAACUCGUAGACAAAGACGCCGUGACGAAGACGGGCGAGUACGACCCGGUGCUGGUGGAGAACGAGGACGCCCAGUAUCGCCUGCGUCUGGGUCUCUUUCAGGGCACCGCCGCGGAUGCUCUCACCAUGGAUACGGAGAACUAUCUCCAUGACAACCAGAGGUUCACCACCAAAGACAGAGACAACGACAACUACUUCCAAAACUGUGCCCGGCUGGAGUUUCAGGGCGUGGCGGGCGGAGGCUGGUGGUAUGACGCGUGCGCGGGUGCCAAUCUGAACCGCAGGAAUGUGAUCUACUGGCAGAAGGAUUGCAACAAAGAGCAUCUGUGUAAAUAUGCCUGGAUGAUGGUGAAGCCUUCAGAUCAAGUGAAGCUUCAGCCUUCAGGAGACUGCAAGAAAGAUGAACUCUGAUUUCAGCUGAAAUACUGUAAAAUACUGCCGAGGCCAGAGAUUUUAAACUGAGCGGACCUCAAUGCCUACUCUUAAAUUACAUCAUUUUACACUAUAGGCCGGAUUGCAUUACGUUUUUGAGUUAUGGAUCGAAUCAUUUUUGGAUUAGCAAAAAGGAAAAUGAAAUCAAGAAAUUAUAAGCAUAUGAAAAUAGAAAAGAAGAAAGUUAUAAAAUAAAAAAUAGAAAACCGAAAUUAAAUCAAAUGAAUAAUAGCACUGUCUUCUUCAUUCUAUACAUUAAAUAUAAUUCAUCUUUUGGAAGUGAUUUUCCUCUGUUGUUUGUUUAGCAGAUUUAUGAGAGUACUGCCACUUUAAGACCGGAUAAACACGGAUCUAUGUAAAUAUAAUCCUAUAUGAAUAGUUAUUUAUUUCUGAAUGAGGGAUCAUUAUUACAGAGAUUAUUAUCAUUUAUGCUUGAUUUCUUUUGCUUUUAUUUUGUGUCUCUUCUGUGCCAGUGCCACCCUUGCCCUUAUGCCACCUCACCACUGCUGAAGAGAUAAAGACCAUCAUUAACUGUAUAGUACUAUAGUAUUAUUAUCAUCAAUACUUUAUUCAGUGAGCAGACAUUUAAAUACCUGGAGGUUUCAUGAGGCAGAUAUAAAAACAGACACAAGUCAUUAAAGAUGCUUUCAAUCCAUCAAACAUGUAGUACGUUCUUAUGUUAAUGAUACAUUUAGUUGUAUAUUUACAAUAAAUAAUGUCAUAAGCACCUAAAAAGUC